UAUAUAUUUAUUUUUUGGUUAUAUAUUAUAAUUUUAAUAUAUAAAUACAGAUUUUUUUAGAUUUAAAGGUGUUUUUUUGGUUCUGUGCAAGUUCUCUCUGUUAAAAGGAUUCUCGAAUUCGUUACAAUCGCCGCGACGAAGAUGGCUUACGAAGACGAUCCAUUACGCGAUGAAGACGGCGAGGCAUUGAUGAACUACGACGACUUUCAAUCGGACGGUGAGGGUUCGCCUCAGCACCACGAACACCACCACCUACUCGACGACGAAAUUCCCGAUGACGACGACGACGGCGCUUGGCGAAGCCAACACCGUUCACCGACUCCGGUCUUCGAUACGGACCCUUCGGUCACGAAAUCGAAGCCCAGGAAGAGGUUAAUCAAGAAAAGCCACGCUAACACUGCGAAUGAGGAUCCGAUCACGAAUUUCGUGGUUGAUGAGGAUGUGGACGAGGGUUUUGUGAGGGAAGAAGGGUCGAUUAGUGGUAAGAGGAAGAAGCUCGGUGGAAGUGGCAAGAAGGAGAAAAGGCAUCAUAAGGGGGAGAAAAAAUUUGGGGUUAAAGGCGGUUCUGCAUCUGGGUCUUCGAGGAGAGCAGCGAGGGAUCAUGAUGGUGAGGUCAAAGAGAUGUGGGACACUAUUGCCGGUGGCGAUUCUGAGGACGACCAAGAGGGGGCUAGAAACGUGGAUGAUGACAAUUUUAUAGACGACACUGGUGUAGAUCCUGCAGACCGGUAUGGAAGUGACCGUGAACGCUCUCCUGGUGAUGCUCCUCAGGCAGAAGAGGGUGAGGAUGAUGAAGAGAUUAACGAACUUUUCAAGAUGGGUAAGAAAAAAAAGAAGAAUGAAAAAAGUCCUGCAGAAAUAGCGUUGCUAGUUGAGAAUGUUAUGGCUGAGCUUGAGGUCACAGCUGAAGAGGAUGCAGAACUUAACAGGCAGGGGAAACCUGCUAUUAAUAAACUCAAGAAAUUGCCUCUUCUAACUGAGGUCCUAGCAAAGAAGCAGCUUCAACAAGAGUUCUUAGAUCAUGGCGUUCUAACUUUACUAAAGAAUUGGCUUGAACCUCUUCCGGAUGGAAGCUUACCAAAUAUAAAUAUCCGUGCUGCCAUUUUGAAGAUUUUGAGUGAUUUUCCAAUUGAUCUGGAGCAGUAUGAUAGAAGAGAGCAACUGAAGAAGAGUGGUCUUGGAAAGGUUAUUAUGUUUUUAUCUAAAUCUGAUGAAGAAACUACAUCCAACAGAAAACUUGCGAAGGAAUUGGUUGAUAAAUGGAGUCGACCAAUAUUUAAUAAGAGUACAAGAUUUGAGGACAUGAGGAACCUUGAUGAUGAGAGGGCUCCCUUUCGAAGGCCAUCAGUUAAAAAGCCAAUGAACAGUGCUGCGGGAAUGGAAUCUAGAGAUGGGGAUUUUGAUUUGGAUGAAUUUUCAAAGGAACGCAAAUCUAGCCAAUCAUCUUCUAGGCAACAUGCUUCAAGGCCAGAAGCAGCUCCAUUGGAUUUUGUGGUACGCCCACAGUCUAAAAUUGAUCCUGAUGAAAUUAGGGCACGUGCUAAACAAGCUAUACAAGAUCAGCGCCGUUUGAAGAUGAAUAGGAAAUUGCAGCAAUUGAAGGCACCGAAAAAGAAGCAGCUUCAGGCCACGAAACUUAGCGUUGAGGGUCGUGGUAUGGUUAAGUAUUUGUGAGGUGUAGAAACUACAAUGAGGUCUAUGUCUCAUGGGGGGCUGAAUCCAAUGCUUGCCCCUGACCCAAAAACAAUGAUUUGUAUGUUUAUUGGAUGCAUUCAAUAAAAAAAAUCUUUUAUAAAUUUUUUAUUAAAAACA